CUUAUAUACCUAAUUUCGUAAUUUUUUAGAUAUAAAAAAAGCAUACAAGAUUAGAAUAAUAGCCUUUAUCGUAGAUGCAUUGUGUUCAAAAUGGGAGACAAAAAGUUAAAGAACAAUUAUGCACCUACUGUUGAACAAAUUCAAGCAGAUGUUUUGACACAAUAUGCUCACCAACAUUGGGCACAUUCAAAGAAUGAGACAGAAAAGAAGUUUGAUGCAAAGAUCAUUGAUACAAUAUACGUCGAGGAGUUGCAAGCUAACAAGUUUCCAAUGAAAAGGAUAAUGUUGUUGGAAUUCAGUCAGUAUUUGGAAAAUUAUCUUUGGAAAAACUUCUCUUCAAAAAACGCUAGCAGGUCACACAUUAUAUCCAUAUGCAUAUUGGUAAAUGAAAAGUGUCGUGAAAGAGUACCACCAUGGGAGGUAUUUAAAGAAAAACCUGAAGAGUUUGAACAGUUUUAUCAAAAUGUUUUGCGUUUAGUAAUAACAAAAGAUAAGCUCUCCAUAAAAGAACGCACUAUCCUUCUUAUUUUCCUUAUAAGAUGUUUCAAUAGCCUGGAAGUCGAUUUGAUUCGUGAACAAGUACAAAAGCUGAUUAGUCUGCCCAUGUGGACUUGUUUAUUACCGGGUCGUUUGGAACAAGAAUUAAAAGCAGUAUCACGUUACAGAAAAUAUUGGAAUAUAAUAAAAAAGAAAGACGCGAAAGCUGAUGUUGAAACACUGAAAAAAAUGCAAUUUGAAAGGACGUUUUUGUCUGACUUGAUUGGUGUUUUCUUUACAAUAUUAAACACGAUUCCUGAACAAGGCGACCUUGACAAUGAAGCAGUGACAUUUUGUGAGCGUUUUAUUGAGUUGAUGUUGGACUUGCAGUCACUUCUUCCAACACGAAGAUUCUUCAAUGUUUUGAUUGACAACCACCAUGUUGUUGUCCGAUGUCGUUUGUCUAAUUUAGCAAAGCAUGAAAAAGGAAAAUUAUUUAAUCAGCUUGUUGAUAUGCUCAAGUUUUACUGUGGCUUCGAAAUAAAUGAUCACACUGGUACAGCCCUUACUGAUCAUGAAAUGACGGAAGUCCAUUACGAAAAAAUAACGUCACUACAAAGGGCUGUUUUUAAACACUACAGAAAUGAUGCACUUGACUUUGCAAUGGCGAAUGUUGCCAAUGUUGAUACCAGGCAGACUCUUACAAAAUAUUUUAAAAAGCUUAGCACCAAAAAGCUUCAUGGCAUAGCUGCACAUUUAAAUUUGGUCCCCAAGUUAAAAGAGGUUCCAGAAGGGGAGAAAUAUGACAAAACAUUUUUAUUAGAGCUACUGAUAUCCAGACAUGAAAGAAGAUUGUCACAAAUACAAAUUUUAAAUCGAACUCCUUUGUAUCCUACAGAACAAAUUUUAUGGGAUGAAAAUGUUGUCCCGACUGCAUUUUACUCUGGAGAAGGUUGUUUAGCAUUACCAAAGUUGAACUUGCAGUUUUUAACCCUCCAUGAUUAUUUGUUACGAAACCACAAUUUAUUUCAACUCGAAUCAACAUAUGAAGUAAGGGGUGAUAUUGAGGAUGCCAUAAGCAGAAUGAAACCUUGGAAAAGUGAAUAUGGUGAAACGAUAUUUGAUGGUUGGGCUAGAAUGGCAGUGCUCAUCAAUAACUUCAGUGUGAUGGAGGUUGGGAAGCCGAAAGUAGGAGAAACAUGUCCUUCGCGAGUUAAAGCUGACGUUGCAAUUACGCUAAGUACACGCCAGAUGCUUCGCAAGGAGUGGGAAGGAUUGCGCAAACACGAUGUAUGCUUUUUAAUCACUUUGAGGGCAAAGAAGACAUUUAAAACAGUUAAAUAUGAUCGCACGUUACCAUUUCAUGAUCAGUAUGGGCUUGAGUAUAUACGAGGUUGUGAAAUUGAAGGAAUGUUGGAUGAGGAGGGUCAUGUGAUUGAAGAAGGUCCAGAUCCUAAACCAGUUUUGAAAGGUUCUGAUCGCACAUAUCGUGUUUUGUUGGAUUGUAAUCAAUAUGAAGUUGACAUGAAGAGAACCAACAAUGGAGAUGAGGAUGUUUAUGAAACUUUCAACAUUUUUAUGAGAAGAAAACCAAAGGAAAAUAACUUCAAGGCUGUGCUGGAAACAAUCCGUGACCUUAUGAACACAGAAUGUUUAGUACCGGAUUGGAUCCACGACAUAUUUUUGGGUUAUGACGACCCUGCCGCCGCUCAUUAUACAAAGAUGGACAGUCAAAUCACCAAAUUAGACUUCGUAGAUACAUUUCUAACAAUAGAACAUUUGAAAACGUCAUUUCCAAACUAUGUAUUGAAGUGUGAUUUCGAAGAGAAACUCCAAGUUCCGCCAUUCAAAAUCACUUUUCCAGAUGAGAAAAUCACAAGGAAACGAAAAGCUGAAGAAGGCACUCCGGUAGUCGAGAAGAAAGAAAUUAUUGUUGAACCAUACGUCAUUCCAAACCGAGGACCGUAUCCUUAUAACAAGCCAAAAAUGAAUACUGUUCCGUUCACACCUACACAAGUUGAAGCCAUCAAAUCUGGCAUGGAGCCUGGCCUCACCAUGGUUGUUGGUCCACCUGGUACGGGAAAGACUGAUGUAGCUGUCCAAAUCAUUUCUAAUAUCUACCAUAACUUCCCUGAGCAGAGAACACUUAUCGUUACACACUCGAAUCAGGCGUUAAAUCAACUAUUUGAAAAAAUCAUGGCGCUUGAUAUUGACGAAAGACAUCUUUUACGUUUGGGACAUGGUGAAGAAUCUUUGGAGACUGAGAAAGAUUUUAGCAGAUAUGGUCGGGUCAACUUCGUAUUGGCUAGACGUUUGCAUCUCUUAGAAGAAGUGCAACGCCUUCAGCAAAGUUUGGGAGUGACAGGAGACGUUGCAUACACGUGUGAAACAGCUGGCCAUUUCUACCUGUAUCAAGUCGUAGCAAGAUGGGAAGAGUAUCUCAGUAAUCUAAAGAAAAAACCUGGAGAUGUGGAAGCUAUCGAUGAACUGUUCCCAUUUAAGAUAUAUUUUUUGAAUGCACCAAAGCCACUAUUUAAAAGAAGAUCAUACGAAGAAGAUUGGGAUAUAGCAGAGGGUUGUUUUCGUCAUCUUCAAAAGAUUUUCACAGAAUUGGAAGAAUUCAGAGCUUUCGAGUUAUUGCGAAGUGGUCGAGACAGGUCGAAGUACUUGCUUAUUAAGACUGCCAAAAUUAUUGCAAUGACUUGUACACAUGCAGCUCUACGAAGGAGAGACUUGGUAGAGUUGAACUUCAAGUAUGAUAAUGUAUUGAUGGAAGAGGCUGCACAAAUAUUAGAGAUUGAAACCUUCAUACCUCUUAUGUUGCAGAAUCCAGAAGAUGGAUAUAAUCGUUUGAAGAGAGUAAUUUUAAUCGGUGAUCACCAUCAGUUACCGCCUGUCAUCAAGAAUAUGGCGUUCCAAAAGUUUUCGAACAUGGAACAGUCCUUAUUCACACGAUUUGUUCGACUGGGUGUUCCUUAUGUUGAGCUAGAUGCUCAAGGGCGUGCCCGCCCAAGUCUGUGUCAGUUGUACAGUUGGAGAUACGACAAUCUUGGUAAUCUACAGCACGUUGUAUCAUGGCCGAAAUUUAAAGUUGCAAACCCCGGGUUAUUUUAUGACUACCAACUUAUAAAUAUUUCUGAUUUUAACGGAGUCGGGGAGUCGGAACCAAACCCGUAUUUUUAUCAGAAUUUAGGUGAAGCAGAAUAUUGCGUUGCAUUGUUUAUGUACAUGCGGUUGCUAGGUUACCCAGCCUCUUCAAUAUCUAUCUUGACCACCUAUAAUGGUCAGAAGCACUUGAUUCGUGACGUCAUCAACAAAAGAUGCGCGGACAGCCCAUUGAUUGGUAGACCUCACAAGGUGACAACUGUUGACAGAUAUCAAGGACAACAAAACGAUUACAUCAUCUUGUCGUUAGUACGAACGAAAACUGUCGGACACAUUCGUGAUGUUCGUCGGUUAAUUGUCGCAAUGUCUCGUGCCCGACUUGGAUUGUAUGUUUUCGCACGCGUUAGUUUGUUUGAAAAUUGUUUCGAGUUACGACCAGCUUUUGCACAGUUGAUGUCAAGACCAAUGGAAUUGUUUUUGGCGCCUCAUGAAAAGUACCCAUCACACAGACCUAUUGCCACACCUCCUGAUGGGAAGCCAUAUGUGGUACAAGACAUGCCUCAGUUAGCCCAAUUUGUUUAUAAUAUGUACUCAGAAAAACUUAAAACCAUCGAGUUGAAUGAAAAGGUAAAACAAGAACAGGCAAAAAAAGUAGAGAAAGUUGAACCUGAAGUUGUACCAAAAGAUGAAGAAGAAGAAAAUGUUGAGAAACCGAUGGAGACUGGUGAACUUAUUGUGAACGAAGUUGGCGAAGACAUAACAGAUAAAUAGAUGACAGUUGUUUCAAUCGUUGCUUUCUUAACUGCGUGAUAGAAUGAUUAAAUCUCUCGACAUUACAAUCACAGCUGAAAAAAUCGAGCUUUUUACAUUUUUUGAUAUGGACAUAUUUAUACACGUACAGGUUUUGUAUUUACGAGAAAGUAAACUGUGUCAACUUAAA